AAAAUAUCCUCCAGCAGCAGUUUAGAAGCUUCUCUGCAUGGUUACCGAUAUUCAGUGCCGAAUCAUUUUUUUACGUCUGGCGUCUAUUCACAUUGGCAGGUGAGGUUGUUUGGGAUGCAUAUAAGUUUUGGCAAGAAUGGAUUUCUCCAGGAGGUCUCCCCAUCCCACCUGCAGCUUAUGGAAAUGUUGGAGCUUGCUUUGCCUGUCCCUGGCAUUUUACCAAGACCAGAUAGAUGCUUACUCCGUGACUGCUCAAUACAUGAAGUAUGUUUGUCCAGAAGGACAGAAUGUGAACCUCACAUGCACCAUCACUGGACAUUCAAAGGAACACCAUGAACAACUGGCCAUACAUUGGACUUACAGUAAAGAAAGAAACCCAGACUGCACUGACAAAAAACAUCCUGGGGACAGAACAGAGAAUGACCUUCACGAUGCACAUAAAAGAGACUUUCUACAUGGCAAGGUGUUUCAUAAAACUAUUAUGAACAUCUCAGUACUGAACAGUGGCGGCUACUGCUGUUUUCUGCACGAGAAACAUAACCGACAUACAUCCCACAGUUAUAUAGAUUUUCAGGUGAAAACAGAUGACCCGAAUCUUAAGACCUGUUCAUUUUAUUCACAAGACCCGGACAGUGAUGGUACAACAGCAGGAGCCUUAGCAAUAGUGGCCUGCAUUGUGGGAAUCCUCUGUCUGCCUCUUAUACUAGUGCUGGUCUAUAAACAAAGAAAAGCGGUCACUAACAGAAGAGCACAGGAGUUGGUACGAAUGGACAGUGAAGCAGGGAUCGAAGGUAUCGAAAAUCCUGUCUUUGAUGAUGUCCCUGUUGCACAUACUGAGCAAAGGCCCAAACUCAUUUUCAUGGCCAGUCGCCAGCCAUCAGAUUCAGGACGUCAUCUGCUCUCUGAACCCAACACUCCUCUCUCCCCAUAUGGACCCAAUGAUUGCUUUUUCCCUUCACUUGAGCCAGUGCCAGAUUCUCCCGAUCCAGUAUAAACAAAGGCUACAAACAAGAACGUCUCCAAAUUUCAAGAGAAAAUGACUAUUUUGUUGACUUAUUUAAAGUCUGAGCACUUUGAUGUCUAAUCUAGAACCAUCAUUUAUACAGUGUGAAAUACAGGAAAAAAAAUCAGUUUAAAACUGGACUCCUAUUCCUGAAAUAUCCCAGAUUGUAUAAAACCGAAGAUUGACAUUGCCCAAAGUCCUUACUAUGGAGGAUAUAGAAGAAGAAUAUGAAUCAUUUUAAUUUUGUACAUAUUUUUUUAAUGAUGUUUUAGCAAAGUUUACUAUAGAAUGGAAUAUAUUUCUGAAUAUUUGUACAAAACUGUUGGAAAAAUAUUUUAUAUGCAGUCCUAUGCUCUUUAAGCAAUUGCCUGAAGCCUGUAAAAUAGCAAUAUAAGAUCCUUUGAUCAAUGGAAACUAAGAUAAAGAGAGCUAAUCUAUACGCAAGAGCUGAAUUGUGCCUGGUAACAUGAACUUGUAUUAUGUAUGAAAGUAAUAAAACAAUAAAGAGGUGUAAUAUGGCAUACUCAGUAGCCAAAUAUUAGUGAAGAUAUGUCAAAGCUACUAAGAAAAAAUGGAGUAGCUGUUCAUGGAGAAAGCAAAGGAAUUUCCUUUUAUUUUAAUGUUUCUUCCUAUCACAUCUGUGAAUUUAUGUAGCCAAUAUAAAUCACAUGAUGUCGUAUAAUAGUAUUACAUGUGUGCUACAGUAGCCUGGUACAUAGAUGUAUUUAUGGCAAAUUAGAGGCAUUGCCUCAUCAGCACAUAGUCUUGGACUUUAAAGGGGUACUCCCCUGGCCAGCGUUUGGAACUAAAUGUUCCGAAAGCUGUUUUCAUGCUGCGGGGGUCGGCCAUGCCCCUCGUGAUGUCAUGGUCACACCCCCUCAAUGCAAGUCUAUGGGAGGGAGCGUGACAGUGGUGUGUCAGAGACAGCCAAGGACUCUGAAAAGACAACAGCAGUUUUCUGCAUAUUAAAAGCGGUUUUCCAAUUAUAGGCUAAAGUGACAAAAAUACAUUCUUGUAUACAUUCUACGUACUUGUAGACCCAGUUUUUUAAUUUUUAAAAGGGGUAAUAGGAAAAAAAGCCCCCCAAAUUUUUUAACCCCAUUUCUCUCGAGUAAGGAAAUACCUCAUAUGUGUAUGUGAAGUGUUCGGCGGGUGCUGUAGAGGGCUCAGAAGGGAAGGAGCAACAAUGGGAUUUUGGAGAGUGAAUUUUGCUGAGGGGGCAUGUUGCAUUUAGGAAGCCCCUAUGGUGCAAUAACAGAAAAAAAAAUCACAUGGCCUACUAUUUUGGAAACUACACCCUUCAAGGCACGUAACAAGGGGUCCAGUGAGCCUUAACACAAAACAGGUGUUUACCGACUUUUCAUUAAAGUCGGAUGUGUAAAUGAAAAAAAAAAAUUUUCACUAAAGUGCAGUUUUUUCCCCAAAUUUACAAUUUUUACAAAGGGUAAUGGGAGAAAAUGCCCCCCAAAAUUUGUAACCCCAUUUCUUCUGAGUAUGGAAUUACCCCAUGUUAGAACGUAAAAAGCUCUGUGGGCGAACUACAAUGCUCAGAAGAGAAGGAGUCACAUUUGGCUUUUGAAAAGCUAAUUUUGCUGAAAUGGUUUUUGGGGGGCAUGUCUCAUUUAGGAAGCCCCUAUGGUGCCAGAACAGCAACAAAAAAAAGCACAUAGCAUGCUAUUUUGGAAACUACACCCCUCAAGGCACGUAACAAGGGGUACAGUGAGCCUUAAGACCCCACAGGUGUUUAAUAACUCUUUGUUAAAUUCAAAUGUGUAAAUUAAAAAAAAAAAUGGAGGGUGCUUUCACAUGCUAGUGACUAACAACGGGUUUCCCGCUGUGGGAAACCCGCUGUGAAUUACGCUACCAUUCAUUUGAAUGGGUCCGAGGACAGUCCGCAAAUCUGACACUAUUGCGGACUGUCUGUGGACCCAUUUAAAUCAAUGGUUGCGUAACUCGCAGCGGGCAAACCGCUGCUAGUAAUAGCGUGUGAAUGCACCCUUACAAGGGGUAAUAGGAGAAAAUGCCUCCCAAAAUUUGUAACCACAUAUACCUUAUUCCAAAAUGGGGUCACAUGUGGGGAGGUCCACAGUUCUGGCACCAUGGGGGGAUUUGUAAAUGCACAUGGCCCCUGACUUCCAUUCCAAACAAAUUCUCUCUCCAAAAACUCAAUGGCGCUCCUUCUCUUCUGAGCAUUGUAGUUUGCCUGCAGAGCACUUUACAUCCACAUAUGGGGUAUGUUCUUACUCAGAAGAAAUGGGGUUAUAAAUUUUAGGGGGCUUUUUUUCCUAUGCUUUUUUAUUUUCCCAUCUAACUUUAACAAAAACUCGUCAAACACCUGUGGGGUGUUAAGGCUCACUAUACCCCUUGUUACAUUUCGUGAGGGGUAUAGUUUCCAAAAUGGGGUCACAUGUGGGUAUUUAUUUUUUUUGUGUUUAUGUCAGAACCGCUGUAAAAUCAUCCACCCCUGUGCAAAUCACCAAUUUAGGCCUCAAAUGUACAUAGUGCACUCUCACUCCUGAGCCUUGUUGUCAGCCCGCAGAGCAUUUUACGUCCACAUAUGGGGUAUUUCCGUACUAAGGAGAAAUUGCGUUACAAAGUAUGGAGCAACACCAGCAUGUUAGUGUAAUGUUUUUUUUACACUAACAGGCUGAUGUAGACCCCAAAUUUUCUGUUUCAUAAGGAUGUAAAGGAGAAAAAGACCCCCAAAAUUUGUAACGCAAUUGCCCUCGAGUACGAAAAUACCCCAUAUGUGGCAUUAAACUGUUUCGGGGCUCCGAAGUGAGAGAGCGGCAUGCGCAUUUGAGGACUAAAUUAGGGAUUGCAUAGGGGUGGACAUAGGGGUAUUCUACACCAGUGAUUCCCAAACAGGGUGCCUCCAGCUGUUGCUAACCUCCCAGCAUGCCUGGACAGUCAGUGACUGUCCGGAAAUGCUGGGAGUUGUUGUUUUGCAACAGCUGAAGGCUACAUUUUAGAAACCCUACAGUGUAAGGGGGUGUAAAUGUAGUGUUUUACCCUUUAUUAUGUGGUAGUGUAGUGUUUUCAGGGUACAUUCACAUGGGGGGGCAAACCUCCAGCUGUUUCAAAACUACAACUUCCAGCAUGCACUGACAGUGC